CCACAACACAAACCAAAAUCUUUUCCUUCUCCUCCCAAAAUUCUCUCCUUCAACUCUCUACUUUUUGUUUUUUGAAGCACUCAGAGUUUUUUUUCUCUCUCAAUUUAGUUUUCUUUUUCAUUUUCUAAUUUCUGAUUGAGUCCAUAACGUUGACUUGACUCUCUCUCUCUCUCUCUCUCUCUCUCUCUCUCUCUCUCUCUCUCUCUCUCUCUCUCUCUCUCUCUCUUUCUCUCUCUCUGUUGCCAUUCUUUUCAGCAUUUUCCCACACAUUCUUGUUCCUUUCCUCCUUUUUUGAUAUAUAUAUAUGUGCGUGUGUGUGUGUGGGCAAGUGGGUUUGCUUGUAGAUUGUCUUUUUUUGCUUUGAAGGUUUUGCUUUAAGCCUUCAAUUUCUCCAUUACCCUUCUCGUUUCUCUGUCCGGGAACAUGAAUCCUCUCCCUCUCAUCUUCCUUUUUCUUCUUUCUUCUUCACUUCAUUUCUCCCCUGUUAUCUCCACAAAUUCUGAAGGAAAUGCUCUGCAUGCUCUGAGAAGCAGACUUUCUGACCCAAGAAAUGUGUUGCAGAGCUGGGACCCAACUCUGGUUAAUGCCUGCACUUGGUUUCAUGUCACCUGUGAUUCUAACAAUCAUGUAAUUCGCUUAGACUUGGGCAACUCUAACAUUUCUGGGACUUUGGGACCUGAACUGGGCCAACUUCAGCAUCUGCAGUACUUGGAGCUUUACAGGAAUGAUAUAGGAGGGAAGAUCCCAGAGGAGUUAGGUAACUUGAAAAGCCUUGUUAGCAUGGAUCUGUAUGGAAACCGAUUUGAGGGAGAGAUUCCCAAGUCGUUUGCCAAGUUGAAAUCACUCAAAUUUCUUCGACUGAACAACAACAAGCUGUCCGGAUCAAUCCCCAGGGAACUCACCAACCUCCCGAACCUCAAAGUUUUUGACGUUUCGAACAAUGAUUUGUGCGGAACGAUUCCAGUAGAUGGCCCGUUUGGGAGUUUCCCAAUGGAGAGCUACGAGAACAACAGGCUCAACGGACCAGAGUUGAAGGGACUGGUGCCUUACGAUUUCGGAUGCUGAGUACCAGAAUUGGUCAGUCCCUCGCUGUAAGAUGAACAAGUAACCCCCUGGCCUCCCAUCCACGGGUGGUUAGUUUGUAGUACCAAAUAUUACAUCCCGUAAGCUGUGUUGUGUUUUAAUACUUUACCACUCUGGCGAGCAAAUAAGAGGGAUUGUUGGGAGUAUCGAAAUCUCGAGAUUACAGUCUUUGUCGAAGAAGACAUAUUAAUAUAGGGUUCGAUCUACAUAAGUCGAUAGAUAACCGAACUGAUAUUUGAGAUUGAAAUACAGACAUGGAACAUUUUACAUGUACUUUUAAGUUUCCUUUUCUUUUUCAGCAUGCGGAAAUAUAUUUAUGUCGACGAGUUCAAACUAA